CACGGAGACCAAACGGCCCACUAUCGAGAUUACGCUUUUGCCCUUUCCCUUCCACCGUCACUUGCAAUCAUCAUUCAUCAUUCAUCUUCCCCAUCUGAUCUCAAGCAAACACAAAUCCAACACCCAACUGAACCAGAGAAGCCCGGAAACUCUCCGACGUAUCAACGAUGGGAUCUCUCCCUCCUCCUUCUCUCGACCACGCAUUUCUCAGCAAUGGCGGAUCCGAGAUCUCCCGCGACGAUCUCCUCAAGCUCUUCAGAUCCCAGCAAGACCACCUCAACCACUUCUUCAAGCACCUGGAUCUCUCCCAAACCCUAGAUUUCGCCCGAACCCUCCUCUCCUCCUCCGGAUUCAUCUUCUUCACCGGCGUCGGCAAAUCCGCAUUCGUCGCUCACAAGGUCUCGCAGACCCUCGUCUCCCUCGGCGUCCGCUCCUCGUUCCUCUCCCCUCUCGAUGCCCUCCACGGCGACAUUGGCGCCCUCUCCGUUGGAGAUGUCCUCGUCGUCUUCAGCAAGUCCGGCGCCACCGAGGAGCUCCUUCGCCUCGUCCCCUGCGUUAGGGCUAAGGGCGCGUUUCUGGUCUCGCUGACGUCCGUUCCGGGGAAUCCACUCGCCGGAGUUUGCGAUAUGAACGUGCAUUUGCCGCUGCAGAGGGAAUUGUGCCCGUUCGAUCUGGCGCCGGUGACGUCGACGGCGAUCCAGAUGGUGUUUGGUGAUACCAUCGCGGUCGCUUUAAUGGCGGCGAGGAAUCUCUCCAAGGAGGAGUAUGCGGCCAAUCAUCCCGCCGGGAGGAUCGGCAAGAGCUUGAUUUUCAAGGUAAAAGAUGUUAUGAAAAAGCAAGACGAGCUUCCGGUGUGCAAGGAAGGAGACAUGAUAAUGGAUCAGUUGGUGGAGCUGACCAGCAAAGGAUGCGGGUGUUUGCUCGUUAUAGACGAGCAUUAUCGCUUGAUUGGUACAUUCACUGACGGUGACCUUCGUCGGACUCUCAAGGCAAGUGGGGAAGCCAUCUUCAAGCUCACUGUCGGAGAAAUGUGCAAUAGAAACCCGAGGACAAUCGGACCCGAGGCUAUGGCAGUGGAAGCAAUGAAGAAAAUGGAGUCUCCUCCAUCACCUGUGCAGUUCCUUCCCGUGAUCGAUGGCGACAACGUUUUGAUCGGUAUUGUAACUUUGCAUGGAUUGGUUUCGGCCGGUCUCUGAUUCACAAAAAAGGCCAGUGCUUGAUUCCGCGAUCGGUAGCAGUGACAAUGUCCUUCAUAUGCAGUUAAUGAUAAGUUCAUUCUUUUAUCCCAUCUAAAGGGAAAUGAUGUGUUAUAUUGCAAAUUCUUCCUAGGCUGUUGUAUUGUAUUUGGUACCCUAUAUUUAUUUUUUAUCUCAAUUUUAAACCCUAUAUUUAUUUUUUA